UGGUCCACGCAUUGCGAAAUACAUAGAAGGCGUUACCAUCAUCAUCAUCAUCAUCAUGGCGGCGCUCAGUAAGAUUUUCGCCGGCUCGCAGUUCAAUAAGACGAACUCUGCGGUUGCAGUGGCUGUUGUGGCCGCGAUCUACUGGGCUUCCACGCGGAAGGGAACAAAGACUCCAGAGAAAGGCAGCAGAAAACUCCCAGAUGUCCCGUUGGUGAUCGGAGAGCAAGGAGACAAGAAAGAGAAAGCAGCAGUAGAUGGAGUAUUUCUUAGGAGGAUAUGGCAGAUUCUGAAGAUCUUGGUACCAAAGUUUUUCUCAGCUGAGAUUGGGUACAUCGCCCUGGUGGCGUCCAUGUUGCUGGCUAGGACCUACUGUGAUGUGUGGAUGAUUCAGAAUGGGACUGCCAUUGAGAGUGCUAUCAUUGGAAGGAGUAUCCCGCUGUUCAAGCAGCAUCUCUUUAAAUUCAUCUAUGCCAUGCCUGCGAUUUCUCUGGUCAACAAUGUUCUCAAGUUUGGCUUGAACGAGUUGAAGCUGAGAUUUCGCACCAACCUGACCAACCAUCUGUAUAGCCAAUACCUCAGGGGAUUCACCUACUAUAAGAUGACAAACCUGGACAACAGGAUUGCCAAUGCAGACCAGCUGCUGACCCAGGAUGUGGAGCGGUUCUGUAACUCAGUAGUGGACCUGUACUCCAACCUUAGUAAGCCGAUAGUUGACAUAGUGAUCUAUGUGAAGAAGUUGACCGGCAGUAUUGGUGCCCAGGGACCAGCUUCCAUGUUAGGCUACCUGGUUUUCUCAGGCCUGAUUCUCACAAGGUUGCGACGUCCCAUCGGUAAGAUGACAGUUCAGGAACAGAGGUACGAGGGAGAAUUCCGCUACGUCAACUCCAGGCUCAUCACCAACAGUGAGGAGAUUGCAUUCUACCAAGGCAACCAGCGGGAGAAGGCCACCAUAGAAUUGUCAUUCCAGAAACUGAUUGAGCACCUGAGAACGUUCAUCGUGUUCCGUUUCUCCAUGGGAUUUGUGGACAACAUCAUCGCUAAGUAUGUGGCCACUGUGGUGGGGUACCUUGUUGUGAGUAGGCCAUUCCUGGACCUGGCCCACCCCAGACAUCGGCACAGCACACACAGUGAACUACUGGAGGACUACUACAAGAGUGGACGUAUGCUGGUGAAGAUGGCUCAAGCCAUCGGCAGGAUUGUCCUGGCUGGGAGGGAGAUGACCAGGCUGGCUGGGUUCACAGCCCGUGUGACUGAACUGAUGAAGGUUCUCGGUGACCUGAACAAGGGGAAGUACGAGAGAACGAUGGUGUCAGCGCAGAACAGGGACAGGGUCGAGUCUGAGGUGCCCCUCAUCCCGGGCAGCGGGACUUUGGUGGAGCAGGACCACAUCAUAAAGUUUGAGCAUGUUCCACUUGUCACACCAAAUGGGGAUGUGCUUGUCAAAGACCUUACGUUUGAGGUGAAGUCAGGAUUGAAUGUUCUGGUGUGUGGUCCUAACGGAUGUGGGAAGAGCUCCCUCUUCAGAAUACUGGGAGAGCUGUGGCCUUUGUUUGGAGGAACCAUGACCAAGCCAAAGAACAAGAAGCUCUUCUACGUGCCUCAGAGACCAUACAUGACUCUGGGCACCCUGAGGGACCAGGUCAUCUACCCUGACACCCUGCAGGACAUGAAGAAGAAAGGCUUCACUGAUGAACAGCUACUGGGUCAUCUCAAGGAGGUACAGCUAGAGAACAUCCUAGAGCGUGAGGGGGGCUGGGACGCCGUGCAGGACUGGAUGGAUGUGCUGAGUGGAGGGGAGAAGCAGCGCAUGGCUAUGGCGCGUCUGUUCUACCACAAGCCCCAGUUUGCUAUUCUGGACGAGUGCACGUCGGCUGUGAGUGUGGAUGUGGAGGGGUACAUCUAUAACCACUGUCGGGAGGUGGGCAUCACUCUGUUCACCGUGUCCCACAGGAAGUCACUCUGGACCCACCACGAGUACUACCUCCACAUGGAUGGCAGGGGGUCAUUUGAGUUCAAGCCUAUCUCAGAGGACACUGUGGAGUUUGGGUCUUAAGUUUUCACACUGCAAAGACAAGAGAAAAUGUAUCAAACAGAACAAGGACUUUCAUGUUGGUUUUCAACAUCUUUGUUUAAUUGUGUUCAUUCAGUAGUGGUACAGAAUAUUACAAGUAUGCAAUUUUGUAUAUGUAAUUAUUUUUCAGAAUAAGCUUUCAGUACCAAGUAGUAAGGGAACUUAAUAUACUUACUGCUGUGAAGACUCUUUAGUUUUGUACAGUAUAUGACCUAUCAUUCUCAGGUGUUGGUUUUGUACUGUAUGCUGUGUAAAAUGCUUGCAUUGUACCAGUAAUUCUCACCAUUUUUUGUAGUCUAACCAGGCUGUCUCCAGCUUUAAUUUUUUCCUCGUUGCUCUCAUUGUUGGAAAGCACAUGUUUUUCAUUUUCCUUGUGAAAUCAGUUUUAUAUGUCAUACUUUAGCUCAGGGCUCUAGCUAGCGUCCGUUUUCCCGUCAAUUGACGGAAAUUUGCUGCAUGUGACAAAAAAUGUUUUAAACCAAUCCGUCAACAUUGACAGACAAAAAUUUUUGGUGGAAGCUACAGGCGGCUUGGGAACAUUGUCCACAGCCGUAAAAAGCCACACACUGUUUGUCUUGCUAUUGUUAUGAUUGUUGACAAUGUGUGUCGGCGCCCUUUCGCAUACGAUAAUCUCAUUAAAAGCCCGUUUUUCAAGGUCUCAGUUCCGUCUUUCUAACUUAAUUUUUGCGGUUUUCGCGACAAUGGGAAUUGGCUGACGGAAAAGAAAUUUGAGCUGGCUAAAGCCCUGCUUUAGCUUUUGGGGCAGAUGGACUGAAAUUUUCAAUGGCCUGGAAAGAUUAGAAGAACUGACUGAAAAAGGCCAUUGCUUAUUAGAACUUGGGCUGGCAAAACACCCCAAGGCCUGCCUGUUGAGAAAUGAUGGCCAGGCUACAUUUUCUGCAACUACCUAAAUAUUCAGAGUAACAAUUGAAAGAAAAGUAAUCAGCAAGUAACCCCAGACAGUUGAUUACUCAAAUAAAAAUGAGAUCUCAUAAAUCUGUAAUUAUAUCUUUCAAGUGUGUGAUAUGUUUAAUAAUGCAUUGGUUUUAUUUCAAAAAUAAUGUGAAUAAUCAGAUUAAGUCUAUUUCAUAACCUAAUCGGGUUUGCAGCAUAUUGUUGAUUUCUAAUUUAGAUACAUGUAUACAUAUAUAUUUGUAUAUAUGGUCCAUUUACACGAAUAUUUAAAGUAUGAAAGGUAUGUUGUAAAAUUGUCUUUGAAACAAUAAAAAAUUACCUGAA